AUGUCAAGCCAGGAGCUGUUCAAGAAGGGCCUCAAGAACCGCCGCGAGGUUCUGGGCGACGCCUACGUCGAUCGCUCCAUCAACAACGGGAACAGCGAGUUUGCCUUUGCCGGACAGAAACUGACGACAGAGUGGUGCUGGGGUGAGACCUGGUCCCGCCCGGGCCUGACCCGCCAGCAGCGCAGUCUUUUGAAUCUCGGCAUCCUCGUCGCCAUCAAGAGCUGGCCCGAACUGGGCGUCCACGUCCGCGGCGCGCUGCGCAACGGCGUCACCGAGCUGGAGAUCCGCGAGGCCAUUGUCCACGCGACCAUCUACACGGGCGUGCCGGCCGGCGUCGAGGCCUUCAAGGUGGCCGGCCGCGUCAUCGACGAGAUGGUCGCCAACGGCGAGCACGAGCGCCAGCUCAAGGCCACGUCGGAGGAGUUUGCCGCCUACACGCAGUAA